AUGUUUGACUCUUUGUGGCCAGAUUUGCCCGAGGACUUCUGGAGGUGCUAUGGAUAUCUCCUGGACAAAGCCACGGAGGCACCUACCGUCGAGGCUCGGUUGGCCGCUGCAGACAGACUGGAUGACAUUAUCAUGGAGGAGGAAUGGUGGCUUGACUACCCUGGCAUGGAGGAACUGUGGUACAGCUUGGGCGAUAUCUGCAGGGAGCUGGAACCACGCCGCCGACAUCCCAGCUUUGUGUCGAACGCCAGCCUCUGCACUCCCUCCACCGUCCCAGCGAUGGCCAGGUCAUGCGUCGUCGCCCACUCAAGGCGCUUCUUCUGGGGGUCCUGGAGGCCUGGUAUUGACAAUGUUCUCCUCAGCUCUUGGUGGUCCGGCGCCGACCACGUCCGCUUCGGUUCCUGGUGGUCCAGCGCCGAUCACGUCCACUUCGUCCCUGGCUUGUCUCUCAUCUCUGGCUCUCGGUUCACGUCUGUCAUCGUCAUCUCUGGUUCUGUCUCCGGCGCCUCGUCUGUCAUCGUCGUCUGUGGUUCUGGCUCUGGCGCCUCAUCUGUUGUCGUUGUCUCUGGUUCUGGCCCUGUUCCGCUUUUAGGCAUAAAGAGUGCAGUUCUGAUCCAGCAGCUGCUGCAGUCUUUGACAUGUUUAAGUAAUUGGUUGCCAGGUACCUUUAGUUGCAUUCAAAUUUUUGUUGUUUUAUUGCCAGAUAAGGUGUACUUGCAUAUUUCCACUAUAGGAUGAAGAUGAAGAGACCACUUCUGCUGCAACAGAACAGUGCUACUAAAUCCACAGAAGUCAGAUACAUGCCAUAUACAGUAACACAUGACCCCUUUAAACAUUAGAGGGUAAUUGUCAUUGUCCUUUCACAGAACACCCUGGGGAUUUCUUUAUAUCAGGCCUUAACUGGAGGAGGCUGGUGUGGACCUUCAUCUGACGGAGUGGAUUAUGGACUAUCUCACAAACAGGCCUCAGUUUGUGAGAGCAAGGGACUGUGUGUCUGACACUCUGACCUGCAGUGUGGGGGCCCCACAGGGGACUGUACUGGCCCCCUUCCUCUUCACCCUCUACACGUCAGACUUCAGACACAACACGGACAGCUGUGUUCUGCAGAAGUUCUCUGAUGACUCUGCGAUCGUCGGACUGAUCACCGAUGAUGAUGAUGCAGAGUACAGAGGACUCACUCAGAACUUUGUGGACUGGUGCCAGCGGAACCACCUCCUGAUCAAUGCAGGGAAAACGAAGGAGAUGGUGGUGGAUUUCCGCAGACAGCAGCCUGCUGUCAUCCCACCGAUGCACAUCCAGGGAAGGGACAUUGAGAGAGUGGACUCUUAAAAGUACCUGGGAGUGCAUCUGAACAAUAAACUAUACUGGACUCAUACCAUGGAUGCACUGUACAGGAAGGGUCAGAGCAGACUCUACCUGCUGAGGAGACUGCGGUCUUUUGGAGUGAGGGGGCCACUCCUGAAGACCUUCUAUGACUCUGUGGUGGCAUCAGCCAUCCUGUACGGUGUGGUCUGCUGGGGCAGCAGCAUCACAGUGAGGGACAGGAAGAGACUGAACAGGGUCAUCAAGAAGUCCAGCUCUGUCCUGGGCUGCACUCUGGACACAGUGCAGGAGGUGGGUGAGAGAAGGGUCUUGGCUAAACUGACAUCCAUCAUGGACCAGGUCUCUCACCCACUGGAGGACUCUCUGUCUGCUCUGGAGAGCAGCUUCGGUAGCAGACUGAUCCACCCUUACUGUGUGAAGGAGAGAUAUCGUAGAUCCUUCCUACCUGCUGCUGUCAGACUGUACAAUCAGAACUGUUGACCUUGUCCCACUACAGUCACUCACCCACUGCAUCAGUGGUUUAUAUAGCAACCUGCUCUGCACAAUAUUUGUGUAAAUCUGUGAACAAUCAUGUAUAUUGUUACCGGUAAAAAUCUUAUACCCAUUACUGUGCAAUAACCCUGCAAUGACCUCAUACUCACUCUAACUGUACUGUACUGCUUUGUACUGUGCCAACACAUACUGUUCUGUACCUGUAUUCUCGCUCAUCUGUACUGCUGUUGUGAGACGUAAUUUCCCCACUGCGGGACUAUUAAAGAUUUUCUUAUUAU